AUGUCUUUCGAUCUGAAAAUAGGGAACUAUAACUUCCUAAAGACCCUCGGAAUCGGCACCUUUGGGAAGGUCAAAUCUAAGCACUGCCUUACAGGGCAUGAAGUGGCGAUUAAGAUUAUGAACAAGAAGAAGAUCAAGUAGCAGAAUGUGUUUGAGAAAGUGAAAAGAGAGAUCAAGGUCCUCAGGUACUUCAAUCAUCCUCACAUCAUUAAACAUUUUGAGUUUAUUGAUACUCCAUCUGAUAUAUUCAUGGUGAUUGAGUACGCUGCAGGAGGAGAACUCUUUGAUUAUAUUUCAAGAAGAGAAAAAUAUCCCAUUAAGAUGCCUAGCAGGAUCCUAAAUAAUAUUGUGUAGUUAUCGGAAGCUGAAGCCAGGAACUUCUUUUGGCAAAUGUAUUCUGCUAUGUUCUAUGUGCAUGUAAGCAAAAUCGCUCACAGAGACCUUAAGCCUGAGAAUUUGUUACUUGACUCCACACAACGAAACUUAAAAUUAAUAGAUUUUGGACUUUCAAAUUCAAUGAAGGAUUCGUAAUCUCUCAAAACAGCCUGCGGCUCCCCUAACUAUGCUUCUCCAGAAAUAGUUAGCGGGCGUACUUACGGAGGGGUUGAGUCUGAUAUCUGGUCAAUGGGAGUAAUCUUGUAUGCAAUGGUAUGCGGGAGCCUCCCUUUUGACGAUGAAUCAGUGACUCAAUUGUUUAUUAAAAUCAAAGAAGGCAGAUACUCAAUGCCAAAUUUCAUUAGCGAUGAUCUCAAAGACCUGAUAAAUAAAAUGAUGCAGCCCAACCCCAUAAAGCGCUGCACUAUGCGAGAGAUACGAGACCAUUUAUGGUUCUAACAAGAGUCGGUCCCCUCCUAUUUACGAAUGUGGGAGUAAGAUUUGGAUUAAAAAUAGCACUAGGUUGAUUCAGCUAUAGUGGAUUAGUUAUUCAAGAUCCCAGGACUUGAACUUGAUGUUCUCAAGCCAGAUGAUGUAACCUAGCAAGUGAAAGAUAAAAAGAAUAACUCAAUCACAGGUAUAUAUGAACUACUUAACCAUGACAAAAUCAAGCAGCAAUGCGUUGAGCUGAAGGAGAUUCAAAAGCCAGCAUUUUUCAAAAGUAAAGCUAAGUUAGAGAAUCCAUCUGAAAACUCUCAGCGACUAGGAUAAAAACAGCAAGAGAGACUAGAUUAAAUCUUUAAGAGAUUCAAAUCUGGUCAGACUUCUGUCAGACGUCUUCAAAUUCAAAAUGAAUCCUUAAUUGAUAGUAGUGGAUAAAAGAUCAAACGACUAACAUAAAGAAUGGAUUCAAAUCUGUCAGCACAAACUCAUUUCACAGAUAGAGUAUCAGACUUAUCUCAGAAUCUAAGAGAUCUACAGAGAAGUUUAAAAGCCAUUUAACUGGAAUCUUAAUAAUUCUUUGGGGCACCUAAAUGGUCAUUUGGAAUAAAAAUCUCAGGCGAUUUACAAUCUAUCGUAAUGCUCGUCUGUGAGAAGCUCAAGGAAAUAGAUGUGGAAUGGGAAUUCAUCAAGAGAGAGAAAAAGUUCAAAUGCAAGACUAUCCUUAACGAUGACUUGUUUCACGACAUUCCCGACUACUUCAAGGAGGACCUACAGAGCCAGAAAACCUAUUUGAAAUUUUACCUGAGCAUUUAUAAAAAUCCACUAAAUGACAGCAGUCAAGGUGACUAUUUCCUCCUAGACCUGAACUACUUCAAGGGUUUACCCAGUGUAUUCUUGGACAUAAGUUAGACUUUUAUAACCCUCAUUAAGGGAGAAUGCGAGUAAACUACCGAAGACCUCUAUCAUUACGACAAAGCUUAUGUUGAACCUUCACCCUAGUACGAAGGUAAAGGAUUCAGAGUAAGCGAAAGAUACACUCUUGGAAAGUUCAGAAAGUGCACCUAUGACGCCGUGAACUACAUGAACCUAAUGACUAAUGAAUGA